AUGAAGCCCAGCAGCCUUUUCUUCCUCUUGGCACUAGUGACCCUUGUGUCCCUUGCUUCAGCUACUAUUCAAAUUGAAAGAAGAGGAGAUUCAGAAAAGCCAGGAACAUGCCCAUUUGUGUUAGAACAGUGUGUAAUGAUAAAUCCUCCAAAUGAAUGUGACAAUGAUGGACAUUGCCCUGGUGAACUGAAGUGCUGCGUGGGCAGGUGUGGGAAGACCUGCAUGGAUCCAUUGAAAGCCUUCACCAUGAAGUCCAGGAUCUUCUUCUCCAUGGCAUUCCUUGCCCUUGUGUUCCUGACACCUGCCAGGACCCUGAACGCUGCCAAAACAGCUAAAGGGAAAGCUGGGAGCUGCCCCCCAGACAACGUCCGCUGUUUUAGGGAAGAUCCCCCGCAGUGCGGCAGUGAUAAGCAGUGCCCCAGAGAGCAGAAAUGCUGUUAUUAUCAUUGUGGUUUCAAGUGUGUGGAGUCCAGCAGGACAGAGGAUCUAGCUUCAUCAAAGCCAGGCAAGUGUCCAGUUCCAGUGGCUGAGUGCCUUAUGCUCAACCCCCCAAACGCCUGUGAGAGCGAUAGGCAAUGCAAGGGCCACCUGAAGUGCUGUAAGGGAAUGUGUGGGAAAGUCUGCAUGGCCCCUGAAGGGCAAUGAGGGUUAAGUGACUUGUCCGGGGUCACACAGCUAAUUGAUUCCUGAUCCAAGCUGAGGUGGUUGAACUCAUAUAUCUGGAUUCCAAGAUGGCAACACUUACUCUUUCUCUGCC